AUGGCGAGCUUGAAGAGAUCCGAUUCCAUGGCAGACAACAUGCCAGAGGCCCUGAGGCAGAGCAGGUAUCACAUGAAGAAGUGCUUCACCAAGUACGUUGAGAAAGGCAGGCGAAUCAUGAAGCUGCAGCACCUCCUCGACGAGAUGGACACCGUCAUCGGCGACACGGCCGAGCGCGCCACCCUCUUCCAGGGCCUCCUUGGCGACAUCUGGCUCUCCACUCAGGAAGCUGUUGUGAACCCACCUUACGUGGCAUUUGCUAUUAGGCCCAGCCCCGGCUUCUGGGAGUUCGUCAAGGUCAACUCUCAGGAUCUGUCCGUUGAACCCAUUACUUCCACCGACUACCUCAAGUACAAGGAAUUAAUCUACGACCACAACUGGUCAAAGGAUGAGGAGGCGCUGGAACUGGACUUUGGAGCUUUUGAACCCGACAUGCCUCACUUGACACUUUCUUCUUCCAUUGGUAAUGGAACUAACUUUGUCUCCAAGUUCAUUACUUCCAAACUGAGUGGGGAACCAGAGAAGGCGCAACCCCUGGUGGACUAUUUGCUCUCACUCAAUCACCAUGGAGAUAAUCUGAUGAUCAAUGAGACACUGAGCACAACAUCAAAGCUGCAGAUGGCACUCAUCGUUGCUCAAGUCUACCUCUCGGGAAUCCCUCCUCAAACUCCUUAUGAAAAAUUCGACCUCAGCUUCAAGGAGUGGGGGUUCGAGAAGGGAUGGGGAGACACGGCAGAGCGAGCCAAGGACACGAUGCGGUCUCUCUCGGAAGUGCUUCAGGCGCCAGAUCCCACCAACAUGGAGAGAUUCUUCAGCAGGCUGCCCACCGUCUUCAACGUCGUCAUCUUCUCCCCGCACGGUUACUUCGGGCAGGCCAACGUUCUCGGCCUGCCCGAUACCGGCGGACAGGUGGUCUACAUCCUCGACCAGGUCAAAGCCCUGGAGCAAGAACUCCUCCUUCGCAUCUCUCAGCAAGGGCUCAACUUCAAACCUCAAAUCCUCGUGGUGACGCGACUGAUUCCAGAUGCGAGAGGAACCAAGUGCAACCAAGAAUUGGAGAGCAUCGACGGGACGAAGCACUCCAGCAUCCUACGAGUGCCGUUCAGGAGGGCCGAGGAUGGAUCGGUGCUUCAGAAGUGGGUUUCUCGGUUUGAUGUCUACCCUUACAUCGAGAAAUUCACGCGGGAAGUGACGGCCAAGGUGCUGGAACUGAUGGAAGGCAAACCGGACCUCAUCAUCGGCAACUACUCUGACGGUAAUUUGGGUGCAACCCUUAUGGCCACCAGGCUGGGAGUGACCCAGGCGACUAUUGCGCACGCUCUGGAGAAGACCAAGUACGAGGAUUCGGACAUCAAGUGGAAGGAACUGGACCCAAAAUACCACUUCUCCUGCCAAUUCAUGGCGGAUAUGAUGGCCAUGAACGCUGCCGAUUUCAUCAUUGCCAGCACCUACCAGGAGAUUGCCGGAAGCAAGGAUCGGGCCGGUCAGUACGAGAGCCAUUCUGCCUUCACAAUGCCGGGUCUGGCCCGGGUUGUAUCCGGUAUCAACAUAUUCGACCCGAAAUUCAACAUCGCCUCCCCUGGAGCCGACCAGUCCAUCUAUUUCCCUUACACCGACAAGCAGCGCCGCUUCACCGAAUUCACCCCCGCCAUUGAAGAGCUCCUCUUCAACCCCAACGAUACGCGUGACCACAUUGGGUUCCUGGCGGACACGAAGAAGCCGAUGCUAUUCACGAUGGCGAGGCUGGACACGGUGAAGAACAUCACGGGGCUGACGGAGUGGUACGGCAGGGACAAGAGGCUGAGGAGCUUGGUCAACCUGGUGGUCGUCGGGGGAUUCUUCAACCCCAGCGAGUCAAAGGACAGAGAGGAGACCUCGGAGAUCAAGAAGAUGCACGCGCUGAUCGAGAUGUACGACCUCAGGGGGCAGAUGAGGUGGAUACGUGCACAGACCGACCGGAGGCGCAACGGCGAGCUCUACCGCCGCAUCGCCGACUCCAAGGGAGCCUUCGUCCAGCCGGCUCUCUACGAGGCGUUCGGCCUCACCGUGAUCGAGGCCAUGAGCUCCGGCCUCCCCACUUUCGCCACCAACCAGGGCGGCCCCGCCGAGAUCAUCGUGGACGGUGUUUCUGGGUUCCACAUCGAUCCCAACGGCGGCGAAGACGCGACCCGGAAGAUGGCCGACUUCUUCGAAAAGUGCGAGGUGGAGGCUGCUCACUGGCGUCGGAUUUCGGAGGCCGGGCUCGCCCGAAUCGAGGGCUGCUACACGUGGAGGAUAUACGCGAACAAGACGUUGAACAUGGGGAGCGUGUACACGUUCUGGAGGGUGCUGAACAAACAUCAGAAGCUGGCCAAGCAGAGAUACAUUCAGCUGCUCUACAAUCUGCACUUCAGGAAUUUGGUGAAGAAUGUGGCCAUACCAAGUGAACAAGUUGAGCAGGCAAAGCCAGUAGCAGCAGCUCCCCCGCGAGCAAAUUCCUCCACCAAGAUAACGGCAAGAAGUCAAUCUCGAUUUCAGAGGUAA